AUGUACCACCCCAAUACCUCGUCGUCCGCCGAGUCCAUCAUAUCGCUCGAGCGUGACCAUUUCGACGUCACUUUCCAUUCCUACCCGUCCCUGCCGUCCCCCAACGACUCGCAGCCCCCAUGGACGACGACCUCGACUGCACAAUCCGAGCUGCGCGUCCCUGUCCGACUGCAUCACAUCCACCUGGGAGGCGCUGAGUUGCGGACCGAAUGUCUGAAACAUCACCCGGCCUGGGAACCGUAUCUCUGGGACGACGUGGCCGCCACGCGCCUCGUGCGCGACGAAUUCCCCGAUAUCCACGACCUCUGGGAGAACUACCCGUACCUGGUGCAGCGCGUGGAUGCGCUACGGUAUGUGGUGUUGUACAAGCACGGAGGUAGACCACCCGAGAAGAAAGAAGAAGAAGCACAAGAAGAGGGACCGGGAUCAUCGGAGACUGAUGCGCACAGGAGUAUAGGCGCUAUUCUAGACUUCGAUCUCGUAGAGCGCAUCACUCACGACAGUUCCAACAGGACCAUCUAUACCAUGCAGCACAACCGUACUGGUCUGCGCAUCCUCUCCGGACCCCCUACCGAUCCAAACAUGCACAUGCUCAACGGAUUCGUGGACACGCCGCUAUUUCAACACCUGGGGAAGUCGUCCUGGCAUGCGCACGAUGUAGCCGCGUUCCGAUUAUUGAAUGCCGUUCGAAGAAGCAAGACUUUCCUAGUGGCAUUUGGUAUCGGGUUUGCAGUCGUUGUGCUGAUUGCGUUGGGGACGCUUGGGGUGAUGCGACGGUCUUCGAGACGGGGUGGGUCGGUGAUCACCAAGGCGGCCUAG